AUGCGCAAAAACGCCUUCUUCCCCCUUCUCAGCCAUUGUGGUGCUCCACCCGCUUGCCAGACACCAUCCUCCUCCGCCUGUUCCACCGUCAAGGUCUUCUUGGGCCGCGCUUUGUCAGGAACCUCCCCCUCGAACUGCCCGUCAGAGGUGGCCCUGCCAGGAGCACAGCUCGAGGCGGAUCUCAGGCACACGCAAGCUUCUCCACCUCAACAUGGCGUUGCUGCAGUGGGAGACGGAGAGGAGGAGGACGGUUCCUCUGAGCUGGCGGAGUCCCCCAGUUCAGGGCAAGCUCCGGAAACAAGCCCACCGACCUCGGCUCUGGGGAGAAUCGUGGCCUGGAGCAGGCAGAGGGCCAAGCGGACAAUCUUCUUCCCCAACGGCGUGAAGGUCUGCACCACCGAGUCCAUGAAGCAGAUCAUGGCCAGCCACCUGGAGUAUUACAAGCUCAAGGUUUGCCAGGAAGCCAUCUGGGAAGCAUUCCGGAUUUUCUUGGACAGGAUUCCCGAGCACAAGGAGUACCAGCACUGGGUCAGCGUCUGUCUGCAGGAGACUCAUUCCCCCAUCGAGAUCGGCCACCAAUUCAGCAAUUCCCUGGAACACAUCUCCAUGCUUCAGCAGGUGGAAAGUAACCUUGGUCCCACAAUUACUAUUAAAACACAAAAUAAACUUAUGCUGUCACCAGCUUCAACCCCUAACAUCGAGAUCUCAAACGAAGUUGUGAAUGAAACCAAAAUUCCUGUUAAGGACAUACACGUGACCAACGUUGUUCCAGAAGAGCCUUCAGAACACCUUGUGAAGUUCAGCGUUAAACUAACCGACCAGAAUUAUAGCAGAGAGCUGAGUGACCACAACUCACAGCAGUACCAGGAACUUGCCCAGAGGUUUGAGAUUCAGAUGCAGAAUCUGUUUGAAAUCCUCCCAGGAUUCAAAGGAGUUCAGGUGUUAGGAUUCAGAAGUGUGAUCCAGGAUGCAUUUGACUGCCCACGGUGCCCAGCGGUCCUGGAACCCUCCAAUGGUGCCCGUGGACAUCGCAUGUUCCUUUUCGAGGGACACCCUGGCACGGACGUGACACCGGAAAGCGGGCAGGCAGUCGGCUCUGGCGGAGCCCUCGUCUGCCUGGCGCCCGUUGAGAACGACGUGCUCCACUUUGCUGCCAUCUUUGACAGACGGGCCGCGGCCCCCAGUGACAUCCUCAGUGCCGUCCUCAACAUCGGCUCCAAUAAGGUGGAGAACGGCGACCUGCUGUUUGAGUCGCAAGAGGAGGUCAAGUUGCAGGAUAUGGUGGCAAUGGCGCUGUUCAACGACACCUCGUUCUCCAUGGAUCCCACUUCACUGCAGUUUGCUGAGGAUUCAAAGGAACUUUCUCCAGAUUCUGAAGACCUCAAGCAACUAGUUGCCAACUCAGCCCCAUCUCUUUUCAUACAGGAAAAGCCUGGCACAGAAGAUGAUGCGGGGGACAGUUUUGUCGAGUGGGUUCCCAUGAUCACUGCUGAAGGGGAACUGGUUGGGGCAUUGGAUGCGACCGUGAUGGACUCUGCCUCUCAGACCACACAGAUGCCCCCUGGCCUAAACAGUGGCUCUGAGGAGGAGUCCACCAAUCACCCCACGAUGAACCCUUCCCUCAUUGUCCCAGGACAGGUGUCACUGGAGCUGGAGGGUGCAUCCCCUGUGGUAGUGGUGGGCUCAGAGAGAGAGGUGACCGAAGGCAUACUGGACAUUGGAGUGGCCAUCGUCUCAGUCAUCGGUGGGCUGGUGGAGGCAGAUGAGAAGGACGCAGUGACUGCUGCAACCUCGCCCAUGGUCCCCCAGCAGGUGGAGGGGCACUCGGACCCGGCCACAGGAGGGCAGGGGCAGGAAGUAAGCCCAGAGGCGCAGGGGGAAGAACCGGCGUACAGCACAAUACCUGCGGCUAAGGAGGGGUGGGAGUGGGGUACGGACGGCGAUCUUCAUGGGGGGAUAGGAGAGGACCUCAGCUAUGGCGGGGACAUCGAGCCAACAUGGUCUCCACCGAGCGCACAACCCCAACACGGGCAGGAACCGGAGGAAGCUGAGAAGAUCACAGCUCCUGCCACCUCGCCCCACCCAAGUGCGACGGGCCCCUCCGACGGCCAGGGAGAUGACGCCACCGAGGCCGAGGCUGAGCCCGCGGAAGGACCGCGGACCGAACCCACACGUCCUCACGAGGACCGCUCCGUCCCACCGGCAGACGAGGAGGAGCCGAAGCCCGGUGUGGGUGAGGGAGCGAAACAGCCCAACGGGCCCUCGCCCACCGCCCUCCCUCCUCCCGCCGCCCAGGGGGAAGAGUGGGCCGGCACGGUGCCACCGGGAGCCGCAACUACAGACCACACCCUCGCCGCUGCCAACAGGCUCACCGGGCGGUCAGAAGAAGAUGAUCCAGGCACGAUGACGGCGUGGACCUCCCCACCCACUGUGGUGGGAGAGCAGGCGGAUGCAGAGAUAACGGACAUGCCUGAAGCCCCCAGGGAUCCACUGAUGCCGUUAACAACACCCGCCGUGAGCAUGGUGCAUCUCCUACUCUCCACCCUCCACACAAGUCCUGGGGAUGACGGAGAGAUCAUCGCCACUUGGCCACUGACGAUGGAUGUGGAAGGAAGGUCCACCCCAGGCGUCUCCUUCACCGCUGCCUCGGCAGUGCCCGUUCAGUCCAGUAAUCAACCAUCUCCAUCCGGACUGCCAGCCUCUGCCUACUCUGACCACGAUGGAGGUCCAAGUCCUACCAUCUUGACCAUGACCACCGCUCUUCCCCAGUCGGCCACUGGGACCACAGUCUCGGAACCAGGGGAGGAAGAAGCUGGAAGCACCGUCGAGGCAUCAGGGGGGGAGGUGGGCCUGCUCACGGCCGGAGAUGUGGAGGGGCAUCAGCCCCAGCUGCCCUCCGCCACACCACUGAACCCUCUGAACGAUCUCACCAUGGGCCAGCUGACUACCCAUUCUCCAAAGGAGUUGGUGGUGUUCUUCAGCCUGCGAGUCACCAACAUGAUGUUUUCUGAGGACCUCUUCAACAAGAGUUCCCCGGAGUACAGGAUGCUGGAACAACGCUUCCUUCAUCUGUUGCUUCCGUACCUGCAGACCAACCUGACGGGAUUUAGACAGCUGGAGAUUCUGAACUUCCGCAAUGGUAGUGUGAUUGUGAACAGCAAAAUGAAGUUUGCCAAGUCCGUGCCCUACAAUGUCACGCAGGCGGUCUACUUUGUCUUAGAGGACUUCUGUAAUGUGGCGGCUGAGAGAAAUAACCUGGAAAUUGACCAAUAUUCCCUCGAUGUGGAGCCAGCUGACCAAGCCAACACGUGCAAGUUCCAGGCAUGUGAUGAACAUUCGGAGUGUCGAGUCAAUAAGCAAACGAAGGAAGCCCAGUGUGUGUGCUACCCCGGUUAUGUCAGUGUGGACGGACUGCCCUGUCAGAGUGUCUGUAGCCUCAGACCAAACUACUGCCUCAACAAUGGCAGGUGUGAGAUGGAUCCGGUGAAGGGGGCCAUUUGCAGAUGUCACCUAGGGUCUGACUGGUUAUAUCGAGGCAGACGCUGUGCUGAGCUCGUGUCCGAGCCGCCACUGACUACAGUUACCAUGGUCCUGUGUGUUUUUGGAGCGCUGCUCCUUGCUUCCGUUCUCACUCUCCUCUUGCCCAGGCUAUUCCACCAACUGGUGAAAAACAAGAACCGUCGUUCUCUACACGGUGGUGAAGUGGAGGGUCAGGCCAGUUUUAACUCAGGCUUUGAGGGGGAUGAGUCAUUGAGUGUCUCUGACUACUACCCACAAGAUCUCCACAGACAACCACACGGCAACAACUCGACCACAUCCUCUCCACACAGAAACCCACAGGCAUUUGGCCAAGAGGUCACCGGAGUUUCGGCCAAGACCAGGACUCACCAACUAGCUGCCAAACACAUGCAGUGGGAGCAGAAUCCACAGCACUCACAGCUUUGGGUGUUACCAGAAGCACAGGAGGAUAGUGCACUCUCCUCUCUUCCCCCGGCAGAACAGAAUACAGAGACAUCGACUGAAGUCACAGCUUUCUGAAGAAUUUGGUUACCAAUAACUUUAACAGGACAUCUUGCCUAUUGGCUUUGCACAAUAAUUCAUUCCCUCACAUGUCCGUGCUUUGGUAACAAUAUUGAAGCUCUGUGCUAUGGUAUAUAUAUCUCUUAAUAUAUAAUCUGGGGUCUAGAGUGGUGGGGUAUCUAAAUAAUGUUGUUAAAAGUAUAUCCAUCAGUUUAAGUGUUUUUUUUUAAAUGAAGCACUGUGUUUGUAGUUUAGUCGUUAAGAACCCAGUUAGGAAGUAUAAAAGUUGUGCUACAUUCUUCUCCAUUUUUUUGUUUAUUUUAGAGAUACAGCGCAGAAA